AUGACAAAUUACUUUCAAGUGUUACAAUAGAGUGAAAUCGAUUAUGUUUUCAUAAUUAUAUUGGCAAGCAAUUAGUGCAAAGUAAUAUUAUGCAAAGUUAGUAUCUCUGUGCAAAUUUGUUGAUCCUGUUCUUGAAGAUGAAGUGGAUUUUUAUUAUGUUUAUUUUUAUUCCUACAGUAUGCAGUAUACGGAAAAGGAUGUCCGAUUCCAGUGAAGGACUAUCAGAUGAAGAAGUUACGCCGGAGCCAUACGUGCAAACAGGAAAAUUUGAAUUAUUUCACGAGGAUGGGCUGCUGCCUAAAAUUAUAAAGAAACUGUUUCACUGUGCGAUGGAAAUUUAUGGAUUUAUACGUAGAGGUUUUGAGCCUCUGAUCACCUAUUUGGGAGGACAUAAACAUAUGAGGAUUUGGGACAAAGUGCAUAAACAUCUUUUUCAUGCACACGAACAUUAUGAUUAA